AUGAAUUCAUCGGCUUACUCUGGAUUUAAACCAUCAUGUUUUGGAAAAGUACCGAGUCAAGAGUUGGGUGGCAUCAAUUCUGCUUCAAAGUUUUCACAAUUGAGUACAAGUGUGAUUAGUUACCUCUCAAAGAGUGCCAUUAACGCUCUAAAUGAAGAGGCAUGUGCUGGAUUUACCUCAUGUGCUGGCAUGUCAAGCAGUCAACUGUCAAACCUUGACAAUUCUUAUCCCAACAAUGCCUGUCAAGGUUUCAAAGCAGAAUGUCUUUCCAAUAUUCCAGACAAUUCAUAUGAUGGUUUUACCAGUAGUUGUGUUUUUAUUUGGGAUGUCACACAAGUGAAUGGAAUUUCUUCUUCUCAGUUGAAACAAAUGACUCCAAAAGCAUUCAGUGGUUUCACCUCAAAACAGAUUGCAAACUUGAAUUCCAAAUCAUGCUCUGGAAUUUCAAGCUCUCAAAUUUCCUCUCUCGACAAUUCGUAUCCCAACUAUGCCUGUCAAGGUUUAAAAGCAGAUUGUCUUUCAAGAAGAAAUAGUGAGAGUUACAAACAAUUGGAGAGACAAUGUGGAACUCCAAAUCCUCCUCAGCCACAACCUUCGAAAUCAAAACCUCCACAACCUUCAAGAUCAAACUCGCCUCAGCCACAACCAUCUGGAUCUCGUAUUCCACCUCCUCCACGUCCACAACCAUCCACGAGUCCAUUAAGGAACACUUCUGUGAUGCCCAUUCAGAGCCAAAAACCUCAACCAAAAAGAUCAGAGGGAAUGAUGAUGAUUGGUUCAAGCUUUUUGGCUGGUCUAUUUAGUGUGUUGUUAUUGGCAGUUUUGAUGAUGCAAUAA